UCAUCUUCUUGAACAUGUUCUUUGAAUUUUAAAUCCAAAAAAAAAAAACCUCUUUUUCACAUUUUCAAACAAAAAAAAUGAGAAUUGUUCUUGUCACUUUCUCUCUGCCUUCUUUGUUUCUUUAGUUCCUUGAGAAAAGAAUGGAUUUUUAUGUUCAUGAGCGAAACACAAAUAAAAAUUCUCAUGUAAACAAUACAGAAAUCAAAACCCAUUUGAGAAAAAUGAUUCUUGAUUUGGGUUUUGGUUGUUUCCUUCUUCCUCGAACCAGCUCCUGUGAGGACAACAAAGCUUGGCUUCUGGAGGAGACAGAGCCGAAGUUUAUAGACUCAGAACCACAUUCGUUGCAGUCUUCAUUUAGGUUUAGUCUUUGUUCGCAAGUGGAGCUGGAGAAGAUGAAAAAGGAGCAACCUUCGUCGUCUUAUCGGAAUUUUCCGGUGUCUGAAGGAUCAGAGACGGUUCUGCUAGUGAAUCUGGAGAAUGAGACAGGAGAAUUGACGAAUGAGAUGAAUUUUUCGAGAGGUCUUUCACUGGAGAAGAGUAUUUCUCCUGUGGCUAAUACUUUGGUCCGAUUCAGUUACAGCGAACUCCUCGCUGCUACGCACAAUUUCUCAAAACGUAGAGUGUUGGGAAGAGGAGCUUGUAGCUAUGUGUUUAAGGGAAGAAUGGGCAUUUGGCGUAAAGCAGUAGCCAUCAAAAGACUUGAUAAAAAGGAUAAAGAAUCUCCAAAGUCGUUUUGCAGAGAGUUGAUGAUUGCAAGCUCUCUUAAAUGCCCUAACGUUGUACCUCUACUAGGGUUCUGUAUUGAUCCCGAUCAAGGGCUUUUCUUGGUGUACAAGUAUGUCUCUGGUGGCAGCCUUGAACGCUUUUUACAUGAUAACAAGAAGAAGAAGAAGGGAAGGAAAACCCCCUUGAAUCUGCCUUGGUCUACAAGGUACAAGGUUGCCUUAGGUAUUGCAGAUGCCAUAGCCUAUUUACAUAAUGGCACAGAGCAAUGUGUUGUGCAUAGAGACAUCAAACCCUCAAAUAUUCUUCUUUCCUCAAACAAAAUUCCGAAGUUGUGUGAUUUUGGGUUGGCGACUUGGACCGCUGCACCUUCGGUUCCUUUCCUCUGUAAAACCGUGAAAGGAACUUUCGGUUAUCUAGCUCCUGAGUAUUUCCAACACGGCAAGAUAUCUGACAAGACCGAUGUUUACGCAUUUGGAGUCGUGUUGCUUGAGCUAAUAACUGGUCGGAAGCCAAUUGAAGCAAGAAGACCAUCUGGUGAAGAAAAUUUGGUAGUUUGGGCAAAACCGUUGUUACAUAGAGGGAUUGAAGCUAUAGAGGAGUUGCUUGAUUCCAGGCUGAAAUAUACAAGAAAGAAUUCGGUUUCGAUGGAGCGUAUGAUCCGAGCUGCAGCGGCCUGUGUGAUCAGUGAGGAGUCGCGAAGACCGGGGAUGAAGGAGAUACUUUCAAUCCUAAAAGGCGGUGAAGGGAUAGAACUAAGGGCGUUUUCAAGCCGGAAGAAAUCAAAUCUUCCGGGUAUGAUGGAUUGUUAUCCCCAGUUGCAGCGGACAAAAUCUGAGAUGAAGAGUCAUCUUACGCUUGCGAUGCUCGGAGUAACGGAAUUUGAAGAUGAUGAUCUUUUGUAGGGAAUGUAACAAUCCGGAGAUAUGGUAAGAAACAAACAAUAAGAAGGUGGUAAGUGUAGAUAGAAUUAAUUACGGAUUUUACCCUUUUUUAUAAUGGCAUUUAUGAAUUUUGCCAUUUUUUGAAUAAUUUAUAGAUUU